AUAUACUAUUGUCGUUUGGAUUGCUUGAUUUUCUCUCCCGGAAGGAAUGUGAUCGGAGAUUGCUAGGGUUUCGGCUUCUGUCUUCAACAUCUUUUAUGUGUACAACGGAUCGAUAUUUGAUUUCAUGGUGGUACGGUUAUUUUGAUUUCGCUCAUCGUAACCGGCGAUUUGAUAUGCGAGUGGUGAAGGAUAUUGCGGCCUUUGAAGUUUUCAGUUAUCCAAACUCGCGCGUAAGAGCUGUUGGUUAAUUCGAUUUGAUGAGGAAGAAAAGGAAAGGAACCGAGACUGAUAAUGGACAACCUUUGGACUUACCAGAUAAUGUGACAGAAACUCGUGAUUCGCGAUCUUCUAAACUGAAGGCUACUUACUCGCUAGUAGAUUACACGAGGUUGAAUAAAAGGUGCAAGGAGAAUGUGGGUAUUGAACCAGUUCCUUCAUGUAAGAGUAGGUUUGCAGCCAUAGCUACAGCCCCACCUAUUGGGAGUUCGUCUCUGAUUCCUCCUGUUAGAGGUUUGAAGAGGAAGAUUGGAUGCAUAGACGUGGCUACGCAAAUUGGGCGAAAACGUAACAUCGAAAAUGAUUAUGUUUCAGGCGAGACCAUUGGGCAUGGAAAAUUUGGUUCAGUUUGGCUGUGUAAAUGUAAGCUUACUGGAGCUGAGUAUGCUUGCAAAACUCUGAAAAAAGGAGAAGAGACUGUGCAUAAGGAGGUGGAGAUAAUGCAGCACUUAUCUGGCUACCCGAGUGUUGUGACAUUGCUGGCAGUGUAUGAGGAGUCAGAAUGUUUUCACCUGGUUAUGGAACUGUGUCGUGGAGGUCGUUUGGUUGAUCAGAUGGUCAGUGAAGGUCAAUAUUCGGAGCAUCGAGCAGCUAAUAUACUCAAGGAAGUGAUGUUGGUUAUAAAGUAUUGUCAUGAUAUGGGGGUUGUACAUCGAGACAUAAAGCCCGAAAAUAUUCUUCUCACGACGUCUGGGAAGAUCAAGCUUGCAGAUUUUGGCCUGGCCACUAGGAUUUCAUGUGGCCAGAGUUUAACUGGUCUGGCUGGAAGCCCAGCUUAUGUGGCCCCUGAAGUGUUGUCGGGAAAUUACUCUGAGAAGGUGGAUAUUUGGAGUGCUGGUGUGCUCCUCCAUGCUCUUUUGGUUGCCACUCUUCCUUUCCAAGGCGAUUCGGUAGAAUCAGUUUUUGAAGCAAUAAAGAACACCAAGCUCGACUUCCACUCCGGGAUGUGGGAGUCCAUAUCUAAACCUGCUCGAGAUCUCAUCGAGGGAAUGUUGACGAGAGAUAUUUCAGCUAGGAUAACGGCAGAAGAAGUUUUAAGGCAUCCCUGGAUAUUGUUUUACACCGAACGCACGUUCAAGACGCUUCCCGUCAAACUGAAACUGAAGAAUCAAGAAUCUUGCCAACAGUCUCCCAUUGCAGCCAAAAUUAAGCCUAACAGAAACAGAUUUGACAGUGCAGCUAUUGCUGCCUCCCUUAGUGAAGUCUCUAAUCUUUCAUCAUCUGAAAAUUCUAAUGCCAACAGUGACGAUGUCGACGACUCCUUUCUGGUGGACGCACUUGCAACAGCUAUUUCACACGUGACAAUUUCCGAGCCAAAGAGAAGCAGGCUGUGUGUUCCUACAGGCCGUAUUGAGCAGCACAGCUCCUCUAACAUGAAAGCUAACAAUCUCUGUAAAGCGUUUUGAUCCUGCGAGUGUGCCAACGUUGUCGUCGACAUUGUUCUCUCCUGUUUUUUUUCCUAAGCUGGGGAACUACUAGUACUUACAGGUAACACAACCGGGAUGAAUUUCUCCAAGUAGCUAAGAGGGUGAUUUCCAGGCCAACAUCAACGAAAUUUAACGAGUUUUAUUAAUAUGCACUCUAUGUUAGUCAAUGCCUGAGGUGCAUUAAAUCUGAUUAGAAGUGUGUGAUUUUGUGCUUUAAGUCUAAUAAUUGUCUUGACAUGAAUUGACAAAUUUGAUGUACAUAUUUUGUAAAUACAGCAGUAAUGAGAAGAGAGGGCAUUUUGAUUUUCUCA